GUCCACCUCAAACGCAUCGAUGUCCUUCCUCAAUGCGACGGUGGCAGCAGCCCACCACACCGCUGAGCAACUCUAUGCCAACGUGGACAUCUCGCAACUAAGCUGGUUGGAACAGCAAUGGGCAGCCUGGUACCUCUGGAUAGGCAACCCAACCAUCGCGACUGGUCUCAUGAGUUUCAUACUUCACGAGUUCGUUUACUUUGGUCGUUGCGUACCGUGGAUCAUCAUCGACGCCAUUCCCUACUUCCAGAGGUGGAAGCUUCAGCCCGACAAGAUACCUACGUCCGAGGAACAAUGGGAAUGUACCAAGGGUGUCCUCUUCUCUCACUUCACUAUUGAACUCCCCGCCAUCUGGUUCUUCCACCCUGUAGCAGAAGCCAUUGGUUUAGAGAUGCACCAGGUUCCUUUCCCAUCAUGGAAGACUAUGCUCCCCCAAGUCGCAAUCUUCUUCGUCUUUGAGGAUUUCUUCCACUUCUGGGCUCAUCAGGCUCUCCACACUGGCGUAUUGUACAAGCACAUCCACAAGCUCCACCAUAAGUACUCUGCCCCGUUCGGCCUUGCUGCCGAAUAUGCACACCCAGCGGAAACUUUUAUCCUUGGUACGGGCACACUCGCCGGACCAUUGCUAUGGUGUUUCUUCGUGGGCAACGUCCACAUUAUCACGGUGUACAUCUGGAUUACACUUCGCCUGUUUCAGGCUAUUGACGCCCACAGUGGUUAUGACUUUCCAUGGUCCUUGCGGAAUAUCAUUCCAUUUUGGUCCGGUGCAGAGCACCACGAUUUCCACCACAUGUCCUUCACGAACAACUACUCGACUUCCUUCCGUUGGUGCGACUACAUCUUUGGCACUGACAAAAAGUACCGUGAAUAUCGCGAACGUCUUGCCGCCUCCAAGGCUGCGUUGAAGAACAAGAGCAAGGCCGAACAGGAUGCUGCUGAACGGAAACUCCUUGAGGAAGUGGAAGCUGAGGGCCACCGCGCUGAGGCUAUUGCUCAGGGGAGCAAGACGCUCAAGGUACAGUAGGGCAGACGAAGAUACAACGUCAUAUAUGAGCACUUUUAAUGCAGCUGUACAGUCCUGUCGAUAUCCAUCCACGCUACAUUAUUUACUUCGCACAGAAUAAAAUAGAUUUUCACUGAACA